GGUCUCUGAUGCUGUGUACCAGCAGAAACAGGGCUCGGGUCCCUUGGUCUUGCUGGGUUAUAACUAUUGAGCCACUACAUCAAACUAUGAGGACGGCAUCAAAAAGCGGUUUGAGAUCAAAAUGGAGGACAGGCAGAGCGGAUCCCUGGCGGUUCGGGAGGCAAACGUGACACACACGGCGGUGUACUUCUGCGCUGCUGGUCUGGCUGCCGUCCCGGUGCCCGUUCAACCCGGGGAUCUGACCCUCCAGCCGGGCGCUGCCAUCACGCUCACCUGCAGUCUGGCGUCCGACAUGUCGAGCUACACCAUGCUCUGGUACCGACAGCACGUCUACGGUGAUCCCAUCGAGUUCAUCAUCAAAGAAUACGACACCAGUCGGGGUCGCUUCAAAGCCACUCUGGACACAAAGCAGAACCGCUUCUCGCUGGGAAUAAGCGAGUUGCAGGUGAACGACAGCGGGACGUUCUACUGCGCAGCGACCAACUCUGAACCAGCCUUCUUUGGCAAAGGAACCAAGCUGACCGUCUUAGAACCGGGGUGUAUCGUCUCCCCGCCCACGGUGGUGGUCCUGCCGCCCUCUGAGAAGGAGUGCCGGGACCGGAAGGAGCAGCUGAAGAAGACCCUGGUGUGCGUGGCGUCAGGCUUCUACCCGGACCACGUCAGCGUGUCCUGGACUGUGAACGGCCAGUCGGUCAUUAAGGGCGUGGCCAGUGACCACCCCGCCCUGCGUGUGGACGACAAAUACCAGAUCACCAGCCGGCUCCGGGUGGAGGCCCGGAAGUGGUACACAGGGGGCAACAUCUUCACCUGCAAUGUCAGCUUCUUCAACGGGAAUGACACCAUCUACACCUCGGCCGAGGUUUAUGGGGGCGUUGAUGUCAGAUGGAUCAAGACGGAACCAGACGGCGAGACCAGAGAGGAAUUCGUUAAGGUCACCCAGACGGCCAAACUGUCCUACAUCGUAAUGAUCGUCAAGAACAUCGUCUACGGAGUCUUUGUCACGAUACUGGCCUGGAAACUCGGUCUCGGACGUUCGCAUGCUACGGCUAAGAAGUGAGACAGCGGCGGUCCAAGGGAGGUGACGGCUCCAGCUGACCAUUUUCUCUGUUGUUGCCUUGGUGAUGUGAAACAUGCCAUGCGAGAAUAUAAACACAUUAGGUUGUACUCUGGAGAGCCACGCUGUGUUCUACAUCCAGGCAUCAGCCCGCUUCGUCUCAGUUUCUCAUCACUUUGAAGAUCGCUGAUGAAAUGAUUGGGACGCUAAAAUAAUUAUAAGGAUAUUUAAUAAUGAUAAUAAUUUUUGCUUUUGUUCUUGCGUGAUUUGUGUUUGUUUUCAUAAAACCCAAUGUUUCUUUCUGUAAUAAAGUCGAUUAGGUUGAAAUGGCUGUGGUUUUGUUCUCGCUAGUUUGUAAUAAAAGUUGAUGAGAGAAUUAA